AAGACUCUUCAAGAUCCUCCUACCUGGAAACGUGCCAGUUUUGCCGCCUCGUUCCUUUUCGGGACUUACCAGGUGCAGUCAUCAUGUUCUCUCCAGAGAUGAUGAAGCAAGCCGAAAAGAUGAUGGCGAACAUGAAGCCGGAGGACAUGCAGAGAAUGACCCAAAUGGCAGCCAACAUGGAUCCAGCCAUGAUGGAGUCAAUGAUGAAGAAGAUGGGCGGGCCCGCCUCUUCAAUCGAUUCAAGUCAAAUGAAGGAGAACAUGAAGAGAAUAGGCGAAAUGAGCCCGGACGAGCUCAAGACGAGCAUGAACCAAGCGCAGCAGCAAUAUGGCGGCCAAAAGCAAUACAUGUACAAUGCUUCCAUGGAGUUGAAGAACCAGGGGAAUGCAGACAUCAAGGCAGGAAAGUAUGCCGAGGCUCUGAAAUCGUACAGCAGAGCAAUUGAUAAUCUCAAGAUGUUUGCUGGUGAGGAUGUCUCCCAGCUGAGAUUGUCACUACUUCUGAAUUCAGCCAUGUGCCACUUGAAGCAGAAGGAUCCGCAGAAGACCCUGGAGGUGUGCGAGGAAGCCCUACAAAUAAGCCCCAAGAGCGUGAAGGCCCUUUUCCGACGUGGCCUUGCUCGAGUUGAUAUGGGCCAACUUGCAGAGGGUGUUGCAGACAUGAAGUUAGCGUCCAAAUUGUCGCCGGAGGACAAGACCAUUACUGCUGAGCUAGAUCGUGUGGAGCAAGACGUUCUUAGCAAAGGCGUGUCGGCAGCAGAGAUCGCAUCAGCCCUAGAGAAGGUCGAGGCAUCCUCCAACACGCCUGCUGCAAGCAGUAGUAGUGCACCUGCCGAUCUGGACAAGAAAAUGGAACAGUUCUACUCCAAUCCGGACAUGGUGACACAAGCGACAGAAGCUAUGAAGAAGAUGUCACCGGAGGACCUUGAUGCGAUGUUGAAGAAGGCCCCGGGCAUGCCUGGAGUUGAUCCAGAAACUAGCAGGAAGACUCUGGAGGCCGUGUCAAAGAACCCGGAAAUGCUGAAGUCAGCAAUGGACUCCUUCAAGUCCAUGCCUGAAGAGGAGAGGAAAAAGAUGAUGGCCGCAGCUCAGGCCGGGAUGAACCCUGGCUCGGCAUCAUUUGACUCGAGCCAAAUGACUGAAGCGCUGAAAGACCCUGCCAUGCUCAAGACCGCUAUGGCGGCCGCUGGCGACGGGCCUGAAGCAGAUCUCAUGAAAAAGAUGACUGAGAAUCCUGAGAUGAUGGAUGCCAUGACCAACAUGAUGAAGAACAUCCCACCUGAGCAGAUGCAGAAGAUGAUGGAAAUGAGCAUGAAGAUGAAAUCUAGUGGUGGCGAUCCCAAGGAUCCCUCCGAGAUGUUGAAUGAUCCGGAAAUGAUGAAGGCAGCUGAAGAGAUGAUGAAGAACAUCUCACCUGAGGCAUUGCAGAGCAUGGCCAAAUCUGCAGGCGUUGAAGUUAGCGAUUCGCACGCGAAGAUGAUAUCGAAAGUUAUGCCAUACAUGAUGAAACUCUUGAAGCUCUGGGGUCACAUCAAAAAGAUGUUCCAGGCGAUGUUCUCUGCAAGGGGCCGGAUUGUUCUUGCAGUUGUGAUCGUGCUAGUCGCAGUUGGACAGCACUACUUUUUCUCCGGUGACAAGAACUAAACACCUGAGCAGCGUGCAGCUGACUGGAA